AUGAUGAAGAUUGAAGUCAUUCAGGAAACUUUUCAACUGCUUCAUUGCAGAGUUUAUCUAGUUAGUGUGAACUUGACUUAUUGCCUUUCAGUUAUCUAUGGCUCGAAUCAGUUGGAGACAAGAAAGAGUUUAUGGUCUGACUUAGCUAAUGUUCAGAGACUGGUUACCCCUUGGCUCAUUAUGGGAGAUUUUAAUGCAGUCUUCUAUACUGAUGAUCGUCUUGGUGGUAGAUCUGUUUCUGUUAAAGAGAUGGAGGAUGCUCGCCAUUGGUUGGCUUUGGGAGAGGCUACAAAAAUGAAGACUUUGGGACCUAAAUACACUUGGACCAAUAAACAAGAUGGAGGAGCUCGGAUAUAUUCCAAACUGGAUAGAAUUUUCACUAAUGAUAGCUGGUUUGAUAACUUUCCUUUAGCUAUAUCUUAUGCUCAAUGGGAUGUGAUCUCAGAUCAUUGCUACUUGUUGAUUAAACAGGGGGAUAUCCAUAGUAGGGGAGUGAAGCCUUUUCGAUUCUUCAACAUGUGGGAUGCUCAUGAUAAAUUCAGGGAAGUAGUUCUUCAAAAUUGGGCUCGCCCUAUUGAGGGGCAAGGGUUAUUCCGUCUAGUUGGUAAGCUCACUCGGCUUAAGCAUACUCUCAAAAAGUUUAAUUGGAGAACUAUGGGCGAUGUUACUUAUAAUUAUGAGGAAAGCAGAACUAAAUAUCAGCUGGCCCAAAAUGCUCUUUGUUCUGAUCCUCUAAAUGAUGAGUUACUAUCAAAAGAAAAGGAGGCGCAACAGUCUUUUUUCAGAUAUGAGAAGAUAUAUUCAAGUUAUAUUCGUCAAAAAAGCAAGACAACUUGGCUUAGAUUUGGUGAUGAAAAUGCAACGUUCUUUAAUGCUAGCUUGAAAAAGAGGCAGCUAACCAAUCGUAUUAUUGCUUAUAUUGAUGAUAAUGAGGGUUUAGUGGUUGAUUAUGCUAAGGUUGUAGAUCAUUAUGUUCAUCAUUUUAAGAAUCACUUGGGCAAUGCUAACAAAGCUUCGGGUCAGCUUGAUACCGAGAGUAUUAGUAAUGGUCUUGUGUUAAGUUUGGAUGACCAGUUGCAGCUAAUAAAACCAUUUACUUACCAUGAAGUACGUUAA